UGGAAGUAGAUAAUUGUUGUAAAUCGGUUGGUUUAAAAUUUACAAAUUAAUUUUGACUUAAUUAUUUAAAAACUUAUAGUGAGGAAAAAUAAAAAUAAUGAAAAUUUAAAGACUUGUGCUAUUCUCUGGACUUGUUGAUGUUCAAAUUACACAUUGAAAAUUAUAAAAAUGUAGUAAACUGAAAACAAAAGUAGGACAGGACUUUUUCAACUAUUAAAAACAAAAUGGCAACUGAGGGGAGUAUAAAUACAGACAUAUUAUCUGACGAAACUUUUGAUCUGCUAUGUGGAGUAUGUAAACAUAAAGAGAAAAACCGAGAAGCAGAAAAAUACUGCGUAGAAUGUCAAGAUUAUUAUUGUUUGACCUGUGUCAAAGUUCAUGAGGACAUCCCUUCACUGAUCGGGCACAACAUUCUUGGCAAAGGGAAGUUUCCAUCAGGAUCAGUCAAGACCCCAUCAGGAUCUAGUAAGACUCUGCCAGGGGCACCAACAGAGCCAUGUGACCGGCAUAGUCAUAACUGUGUAGACAUGUACUGUCAAAAUCAUGACGAUGUCGGGUGUGGCACUUGUAUGGCAGUAGACCACAGGUUAUGCCAAGACAUUUUCUACAUACCAGAUUUUUUGAAAAUCAACACCACUACCACUACUACAAGGGAUAUCCAGCAGAAACUAAAAUCAUUUACAAAGACCCUGGCAGAGCAUCAUGAAAAGUUUCAAAGCCAAAAACAAAGAUUACUCAAAUCUAGAGCCGAAACACUGGUCAGUGUGAAGAAGUUUAGAAAGGAAAUUAAUGACAGGCUAGACGAACUAGAGAAAAACACUGUUGAUGAUAUAGAAGAUAAGUACAAAGCCCUGAUACAUGAGAUAGAAGAAGGAAUGAAACAACUGGAGAAAAACAAAGCUAAUGUUUCCUCAACUCUUGACAAGUUGUUUCCAGCAAGCAAAAAUGCAAUACAAAACUUUGUAAAUGUCAAGAAAGCAGAAACCGCUGCAAGUAAAGCUGCUAAAUUUGUACAAGAAACUAAAUUACAAACAUCCUUUAAAGAUGUUGACUUCAAUGCUGAUGACAAAAUCUCUUCCUUUUUAGCAGAGAUAAAUGUCUUAGGCAAGAUAACAGAGAGAAUGUCAGUGGAUGCUGAAUACAAAGGCACUGUUGCUGUUAGUAAGGAAGAGGCUUUACUUCAGGUCAAAGGGUACAAGGAAUACUCUGUUAAAGUUCAAUCAGACAUUAAAACAUGUUAUAUUGUCAGUGAAUGUACUCUGGAGGAUGGAACAAUAAUACUGUCUGAUAACAACAACGACAAGCUGAAGCGUUUAGACAGUUCCACAUACUCUGUUAUAGAUUACUAUGAUCUUCCUGAUUGCCCAUGGCAAGUCUGCUCCACCAAUAAGCAAGAAGUUGCUGUAUGUUUGCCAGCAAAUAAGGAAGUUCACUUCAUUUCAACAGGAAACAGAAUGACAGCCACAAACAAGAUAACAAUAGAUUUUGGAUGUUAUUGCCUAGCAUGUGCCAAUGGCAACCUGUAUAUUUCAGAUUAUGGUACAUCAGUGUAUAUAUACAGUUUAUCAGGAAGAAAGCUGAAGCAGUUCAGUAUUGAUGAAUCAGGACAGGAACUGUUCUCUGACAUAAAUAGUCUACCUGUCAGUAAGGAUGGGUCAAAGAUUUUUGUCACUGACAUGGAUAAAGGACUGAUUAUACUGGACAAUAGUGGAGAAGUUGUUGGAAGAUUUAAUGGUUCAGAGUUAGCUGGUGCCUUGCAUAGUUAUCUUACAGGUAGAGGAAGUCUGCUUGUGCUUGGAAGAAAUUCCAACAAUGUGCUCCAGUUUAGACUGGAUGGUAAACUGAUAGGCGAGGUUGUGAAAUUUGAUGAUAAAUCAUGGCAUAGUGCCAUUUGUUGCAAUCAGCAAAUGUCAAAGAUGAUUAUUGGUCGAUAUGGGGACAGAAUUAAAGUAUAUGACUUGAUAUGAAAUACAGUAAAUACAGUCGAAACUCGGUAUCUUGAAUAUCAAGGGACCGUGCUUUUUAUUUCGAGAUAACCGAAAUUCGAGUUAUGAGGAGGGAAGUAUAUGGACGAAAUGUGUACACAUUCCGAAAAGAUUUAAUAAAAAAUAAAAAGUGUUUCCUUGAUGUCGUGUAUACGCUGUCGGCACUUUACGCGUACACGAUCCCGUACAGUUUGUGUUUAUCAAAGGUUUCAGUUUUUGAAGAAUAAAAAUGAUACUAACCUCAAAUGUUUUUGAGUCAAGUUUCCUGUUUUUGUACCACGUUGCUCCCCCGGUGGAUUGACAGCAUUUUGAUCUGACAUUUUGAACGAAUUAUGCCUUCCCCAAAGAAGUUAAUUUUUAUACAGUGUCAUCGGAAUUACCUCUAAUCCAUAUUAAAUAUUCCCAUUAAUUCAUUAGUUUAAAUUAAAAGCAAUUUUCAUAAGUCUAAUAACAAAUGACUGCUAAUUAAAGAAAUCUAAUGUUUACAUCAAACAAUUAUCAUUAUGGCACAUGCAAAAAUGUAUGACAUCAUCUCACUUUGAUAAUCGCCGCACCUUUGAUAUGUCGGCAUCACGGCUUUCUGGUUAGGCAAUAAACAUGUGUUAAAAACCAAACACUUUCACAAUGACAUGUGUGAAAUUUUAUCGAAUAUUUUUCUCACUUCGACUUAUCGAGUUUACAGUGCACUUGAAUUUUAAUGACGGGACUGAAAAUCCCUUUCGACACAUCCGGAGUCUCGGUAAGUCAAAUUUUGACGUAACCAAAGUUGAAUUACAUGCAUAAAGAAGGAAAUUUGACGGGACUUGAAAAUUCCUUCGACUUAAGCGGAAUUUCGAGGUAAGCGAGUUUGAGAUACCGAGUUUCGACUGUACGUGUACAGCAUUCUGUGGAAGUAAAUGACUUAUCUGUACUGAGACUAGCUUUGUCAUAUGCCAAGUAUGACUCAUACAACUCAUGAAAAUAAUUUACAGGUUUUUACAGGGGAUCUGUUAUGUGUUUGUGUAUCAAAUCACAGUACAAUUACAACACAGAACAAUCUCAUUCAACUUCUGAACAGACUCUAUCAAACUGAUUCAGCAAAUAUAUUGCUUGGUUGCUUUCUUUGCUUCAAAAGGAUUCUCAUACAAAUUUUGUUGAUUUUGCUUAACAUAUGUUAGUUUAACUGUUGUUUUUUCAGUCAUGAAAACAAAACCAAAUCACACAGUUUCACAUAAACUUAUUUGAUUUCUUUUUAGCAGCUUUCAUUUAAUAUGAGCCAUUUAAGAAAAUAUCGGACAAAAUAAACAAAUGAAUGAACAAGAGUGUCAGAAUGUCACAAUAUACGCCCGUCACAGCAAAUUUCUUUACACUAGCACCUGUAUUUGCAAAUGGAAUUUUAAUUUUCUAGUUGUUUACAUUGUUGUUUUUUUUUUAGAAAUUAUUGUAAUUCUUUUAUCUUUUUAAGUCCAUAAAAAAAAUCCUUACCAGGUAGAGAUACCUUAAAAUACACCCAAAAUUUGAAAGAAACAUCAAUGUUGUACCACAGAAAAGUGGUCUUGGUUUUUCCCUACGGUCAAUUAUAAAAAAGUUACAAUGUAAGUUAUUUAUAGUAACAACUAAGGGAAGUUAAUCUUUAAAGAGAGAAAAAAAAAAUUACAAGUCCAUACAAAAAUCCUUACCAGGUAGAGACAGUUCAAAAUACACCUCAGAAUUGGAUGUAACAUGCAUGUUGUACUACAGAAAAGUGGUCUCGAUUUUUCCCUACGACUUGUAAUGAAAAAGUUACAAUAUAAGCUAUUUACAGUAACAGCAAAGGGAAGUAAUUCAAAAGAAGGGACCAGUGCAUAACACUCCGUCUCAUGAUGGUGUACAAUUGUGCCAAGUUACAUCAAAAUCCCUCCAUGCAUGAAGAAGAAAUGCUUCGGACAAAGUCAUUCUUGUAUCUGACCUUUGGCCUCUAAGUGUGACCUUGACUUUAGACCUAGGGACCUGGUUCUUGCGCACGACACUCCGUCUCAUGCUUGUGAACAUUUGUGCCAAGUUGUAUCAAAAUCCCUCAAUGCAUGAAGAUGAAAUGCUCCGGACAAAGUUUUCAUUCUUGUAUCCUUGACCUCUAAGUGUGACCUUGACCUUUUACCCCUAGGGACCUGGUUCUUGCGCAUGACACUCCAUCUCACGAUGGUGAACAAUUGUGCCAAGCUACAUCAAAGUCCUCUCAUGCAUGAAGAAGAUAUGCUCCGGACAAAGUUUUCAUUCUUGUAUCCUUUGACCUCUAAGUGUGACCUUGACCUUAGACCUAGGGACCUGGUUCUUGCGCAUGACACUCCGUCUCAUUAUGGUGAACAACUGUGCCAAGCUACAUCAAAAUCCUUCCAUGCAUGAAGAAAAUAUGCUCCGGACAAAGUCAUUCUUGAAUUUUUUAUUCUUGUAUCCUUUGGCCUCUAAGUGUGACCUUGACCUUAGACCUAGGGACCUGGUUUUUGCGCAUGACACUCCGUCUCAUGAUGAUGAACAAUUGUGCCAACUUUCAUCAAAAUCCCUCCAUGCGUGAAGAAGAUAUGCUCCGGACAAAGUCAUUCUUGAAUUUGACCUUUCACCUCUAAGUGUGACCUUGACCUUAGACCUUGGGACCUGGUUCUUGCGCAUGACACUCCGUCUCAUGAUGGUGAACAACUGUGCCAAGUUUCAUCAAAAUCCCUCCAUGCAUGAAGAAGAAAUACUCCGGACAAAGUUUUCAUUCUUGUAUCCUUGACCUCUAAGUGUGACCUUGACCUUUUACCCCUAGGGACCUGGUUCUUGCGCAUGACACUCCGUCUCAUGAUUGUGGACAAUUGUGCCAAGCUACAUCAAAGUCCUCUCAUGCAUGAAGAAGAUAUGCUCCGGACAAAGUUUUCAUUCUUGUAUCCUUUGACCUCUAAGUGUGACCUUGACCUUAGACCUAGGGACCUGGUUCUUGCGCAUGACACUCCGUCUCAUUAUGGUGAACAACUGUGCCAAGCUACAUCAAAAUCCUUCCAAGCAUGAAGAAGAUAUGCACCGGACAAAGUCAUUCUUGAAUUUUUUAUUCUUGUAUCCUUUGGCCUCUAAGUGUGACCUUGACCUUAGACCUAGGGACCUGGUUUUUGCGCAUGACACUCUGUCUCGUGAUGAUGAACAAUUGUGCCAAUUUUCAUCAAAAUCCCUCCAUGCAUGAAGAAGAUAUGCUCCGGACAAAGUCAUUCUUGAAUUUGACCUUUGACCUCUAAGUGUGACCUUGAUCUUAGACCUAGGGACCUGGUUCUUGCGCCUGACACUCCGUCUCAUGAUGGUGAACAACUGUGCCAAGUUUCAUCAAAAUCCCUUCAUGUAUGUAGAAGAUAUGCCCACCCGCCCGCCCAUCCGACCGCCAGGGGCGUUCCCAUAAUACGUCCCGUUUUUCAAACGGGCGUAUAAAAAUGAAGUCCCCUUCUAGAAGGUGACUUUAAUUAUCUCAACUACAACAGAACCUGUCAAUAAUGUAUGUACAAUAUUGUACGGUAUGUUAUAACACACAACGUAUGGAUUAAAAUUUUGCAUAUAAUAAAUCUGUAAUUGUUGAUUGCUUAUAACAUCUAUAAUUAUAAAAAAAAAAAACAAGGCUACCGCCUGAAAGGGUCUUGCCCACAGAAGCUUUGAAUACUGAAAUAGGUACACAAUGCGUUUUAAAACCAUCUUCCGAAGUUUCAAAGCUAUAUCUGUAACUAUUUUUUAAAAUAUUGUCAUGUUUGUGAAUUUUCAAAGGCGUCUAAAAAUUUUUAAAAGGUCAAGGUCACUAGUGGGCCAAGACUAACCAUUUGGAUGUAAAGCAAGUUUUUGAACCAAGCUACAAAGUUUCGAAGCAAUAUAUGUAACAAUUUUUGAGAAUUUUUCGUUUUGUGAAUUUUCGAAGGCAUCAAAAAAAAAUCUAAAAAAUG